CCAGCAUCAGGGUCUACUUCACAUCUCUGUCUUUUGUCUUCUCUCUCUCUCUCUCUCUCUACACCUACACGCCAGUGAGGAGGGGGAGAGAGGAGGGGCAGAGAGAGAGCGCUUUGAAGAUGAAACUCAAGCAGCAACUGCAGGAGGAGGAGGAAACCCAAGUUUUGGAAGCUGAAGAACAAGAAAACCCGGUUGAUUCAUCGCCCAUAGGUCACCAUUGAAGAAGAUCAAGAAAAAGUUAGUCCCAAAAAAGCCUAAGAGUGUCAAAUCUAAGCCCAAGCAAGUAAUAUCAGAUGAUCUCGGAAAAUCUGGAAGCUGUAAAAAGAAGAGGACAAGGAUUGAAGACUUGUAUGACAAUGAUGAAGCCAAGUGUUCUGUUAUGGAGCGUGCAGAUGAGGUUCUGGAAAAUGUAGCAGAUGAAUACCCUAGCUUUAUUAAGUGUAUGCUUCCCUCGAAUGUCACUCAUGGAUUUUGGCUGAUUCUUCCUAAAAAAUUCUGCAAUUUGCAUUUGCCAAUGCAUGAUACAACAGUCAUUUUGGUGGAUGAAUGUGGUAUGAAGAGUAUGAAGCGAAUUUUUUAGUGGAAAGGCAUGGACUGAGCGGUGGAUGGAGGGGUUUCUCCUUGGCUCAUAGACUACUUAAAGGAGAUAUUUUGGUCUUCCAUUUGAUCAAGCCUUGCACAUUAAAGGUGCACAUAGUGAGAGUAUAUGGUUUAGAUGAAGUAGAUGCCGCUCUUUGCCUUCUGAAUUUAGUUACACAUGCAAAAAGAACAUACUCUAAUAAGAAUUGCCAGACUCGGAAAAAAUCAAAGAAGUGUGUGGAGCCUCUUCUGCUAGAUAUUCAUCGAAAAGAUAUUAAAACAACUGGGCUUGCAACAAAUCAGUACGAAACUAACAGUGACGAUUUUGGCUCUGAAGUUUUGGAAGGUUCUGAAAUCUCUGACCAUCGAGCCAAUGAAUCAAGCUAUAGUCAAAAUCCAAUUCUGCAUGACCAUCUUCUCAAGGGCACCAAGUGUAGGUUCACUACCGGAAAAGUAACCUAGUUUAUUGGCAGUCCAUGCCAUUGGAGCUGACAAGCUUAUCACUUCCCAGCUUGCAAGUUGAGACGUGACUUGGCAAACCUUUGAGGAACAGCUUUUCAGCCUUGUUUGGGGAACAGCAAAAAGGGUCAAACAGGAGGUAGAGAGAAACUGGACUAUAGCACCGAAAGACUUGAUGCUGAGACCGAGGCUCUGGAUGUGAAUGCCAAUAGUGCAUGAUCUUGGGUUUUUUUUUUUUAAAGUGGUUUUGCUGAGUGUGGCAAGUAUAGUUAUGUUGUGGAUUUAUACAAAAAUCAACAUCAUUUUAUUUUCUGGAAGAAGAGUUGUGCUAUAAUAACUCGGGUUUUGUAUCAGUUUGUUUGCAAUAGACUAGCAAAUGAACAAACUAAUUAUGGCCGAGCUAUGCGCCAGGUACCAUUUUGCCAAUCAUUUUUUCAUUCAA